CCAAAACGCAACAGCCCCCGCCUCUCCUCGCCAGCCGCUCACAGCCGAAACUCUGCUUCUUUCUUUAUCAGCCACAAACAUCAGCCACAAACAAUGCCUCGGAAACAACGCCUCGGAAACUUCCUCCCAACUAGUGCGCGGCCACAGCUCCCCUACCGAACGUCGCAGCACCUAUCCUCACCAUCAGCAACGCUUCCUCACCUCCGGUUGUGUUGUUGGCGUGUUGCACCGCAUUCGGCCUGCCCGCCACAAUUGUCGUACACAUUCGGGCCCCUCUUCCGCUUUGCUUCGCCUUGUUCUUGCCCCUGUUUGUCACACUGUCGCCCGGCCAUUGUUUUGCUGCACGCCGUUGCAUUACGCUAGUGCUCGUCUACACAGCUCAUCCGUGGACGCCGGUCGAAUGCCUGCAGAUGCCCCCGGCCGCGCCGCCGCUACUGCCCCUCCCUCCGCCGCUGCCACAGCACUGUGGCACCGACAGCAGUGCGCCACCAGUCCACCACGGCCGCCAUCACCGCGCCUGCAGCAGGAUCGGCAGCCGCAGCAGUUAUUGCCGGAGCCCCCACCUGCAUUCUCGCCUCGGGGUCUCGGCUAAAAGUGUCAAGGCGUGCUGCUGCUCACCUUGCCAGGGCGGCUUUCAAUAGACUGGAGCCGGAAGGGGAAGUGCUUCCGGCGGGGCUGGUGGGGCUGCGUUCUAGUACAAGAGAGCUGGAUGCGCCGACACUGGCCGAUACAGCACUGUGUUAUCUUGCGCUAGG